AUGAAGCACCCGGGCACGAUCCUCGGCCAAUUGGCCUCCAAGGGCAUCCGCCCGACCGUCGUCAGCCGGGCUGGCUUCUCGGCCCUGCAGCCAAGACUCGGCAACGGCCUCUUCACGGCGGCCAAGCAGCGGCAGCGACGCCGCGUGUCCGCCACCACCUCCGUCGUCGCGGGAGGCUUCCUGACCUGGCUGCUCUACCCCACCGAUGACUUUCGGCGGCUGUCCGCCGGCCAACAGGGACAGACCAAACCUGUGCACACCUCGGCCGGCAGCAAGCCCGACGACAGCGUCCCUACUACGGAAACGCCGCAAGGGGAUGCCGAGGCCGGCGAGCCGGUAGAGGAGACAGCCUGGAGCCACUUUACAAAAGGGCUGGAGGCGCGCUCCGCCGCGGCGGACAAGGAAUGGGCCGCCUUUUCCGAGAAGCUCGUCGGCUUCAUCCUGCCCGAGUGGUCGAGGCAGAUGCCGGGUUUCAUCCGCAAGCUGCAGCACGAACUCUCGGACGCGCCCGGCUCGCUCGCCGAGGAUCUGUGGGCCGAGGCGCAUGAUGUCUCCAUGAACCCCGAGAUCCGGUACACGGCCGAAGUCCGUGUCUCAGAUGACCUCUGUCCGGAUGAGAAGGAGUUUCUGAAUCGCCGCAAGAAGAAGACGAGGGCUGCGCUCGCUAAGUAUCUGCAUAUGGACGAAAAUGACAUACACCCAGACGACAUUCCCACUAUUGCCAUGUGUGGCUCUGGCGGUGGUCUGCGUGCCCUCAUUGCCGGCACUGGUUCUUUCCUCGCGGCCUCUGAAGACGGCCUCUUUGAUUGUGCCACGUACACGGCUGGCGUCAGUGGCUCCUGCUGGCUGCAGCUUCUGUAUCUGACUUCUUUCAACAAGGGUAGCAUUCCUUCACUUCUAGAGCAUCUCAAGGCACGCACUUCUACUCACAUCGCCUACCCCCCGGUGGCCCUGCAGGCCUUCACGUCCCUUCCAACCUCCCGCCCUCUGCUCAGUGGCGUCAUCGAGAAGAUUCGUGGCGACAAAAACGCCCAUUUUGGCCUGGUUGACAUUUACGGCCUGCUGCUUGGUGCAAGGUUCCUCGUCCCCAAGGGCGAACUCGGUGUCAGCGACCGCGACUUCAAAAUCUCCAGUCAGCGAGAUAUCCUCAAGGACGGCGACCGCCCGCUCCCCAUCUACACCGCCGUCCGGCACGAGAUUCCUGGCUUGGAAGAGGGCAAGGACAAGACCAAGUCUUCCAAGAGCGCUACUACUACGAAAAAGGAGCUCGAAAAGGCUGAGAAGGAGUCCUGGUUCCAAUGGUUCGAAAUUACCCCGUACGAAGUCUUUUGUGAGGAGAUUGGUGCUGGUAUUCCCACUUGGGCGCUUGGGCGACGAUUCAAAGACGGCAAGGACGUGCCCCUGGAACACGGCUUCCACCUGCCCGAGACUCGCACCCCUCUGAUGAUGGGUAUCUUCGGGAGCGCCUUUUGCGCCACCCUGAGCCACUACUACAAGGAGGUCCAGCCAGUCGUCAAGACGCUGACGGGUUUCAGCACCAUCGACCAGAUGAUAUCGGACCAGGACAACGCCCUCGCCAAGGUGCACCCCAUCGACCCGGCCAUCAUCCCCAACUACGCCUACCAGAUGUACGGCAAGCUCGCCAAGACGGCCACGCCGAGCAUGUACGAGAACGCGCACAUCCAGCUCAUGGACGCUGGAAUGUCCAACAACCUGCCCAUCUACCCGCUGCUGCGGCCCGGUCGGGGCGUCGACGUGCUCAUCUCGUUUGACGCCUCAGCCGACAUCAAGACGGACAACUGGCUGGCCGUUGCCGACGGCUACGCGCGCCAGCGGGGCAUCAAGGGCUGGCCCCUCGGCGUCGGCUGGCCUCAGGACGGUGGAGACCACACCGUCAACGAGAUCAAGGCCGCCGAGGCGCACUCCGCCGCCCAGGCCGAUGCCAAGAUUGCGCAGGCCAAGGCGGACCAGAAGCAAGAGGCGCGGAGCGGCGGCGGCGGCGACCUCGGCUACUGCACCGUCUGGAUCGGCACAACCGAGGAGCGCACGACCACGGAGGAGCCGCCCGCGACGCAGCCCGUCUCCGAGUCGGAGCACUGGCGGCUGACGGAUCCCAACGCGGGGCUCGCCGUCGUCUACGUGCCCUUCCUGCCCAACGACAAGGUACCCGGCGUAUCACCGGCCGAGAGCGACUUCAUGAGCACCUGGAACUUCAUCUACACACCGGAAAACAUCGAGGACGUGGUGCGCCUCGCGCGCGCCAACUACGACGAAGGCAAGGCGCAGAUCCGAAACACGGUGCGGGCGGUGUACGAGCGGAAGAAGCAGCUGCGCUUGAAGAAGGAGAAGGAGCUGAAGGAGCGGGGAAAGUAA